CAAGUAACUGUCACAUAACCGGUUCAGCAGUGACUUCACAGGAAUGUCUCACCUGUGAACACAAUGACCUGGAGUGAGAGGGGUGUGGUUAUCCCUGUGAGAGCAUGCAGGGUGGGAGGAUCGCUCUGCUGUGUCUCCUCUCACUUCCUGAACACUGCCUGAAUAUGUGGAGCUACAAACACAGGACGACCUGCAACACCUUUGACGCCACCGGACCUGGAAAUAAUAUCUGACAGCAAAGAUCAUUUGCACGUGUGGCUGUUAAGCAUGAUCCUGUGGCAUUGUCUGGCACUGCUCCUGCUGAUAACUGUUCAAACAUGCACAGCUCAGAGGUGUGAUGAAUUCACAGAUCUGGAUAUCAGCCAUGCAAUCGUUGGAACCAGACUCAAGGUUCGGUUGCUGCUGUACACCAGGGAUAAUGCCAAAUGUGGUACACUCAUGUCCCACACCAACCUGUCCGCCCACCCCCACUUUAACUCCUUCAGACAGACAACCUUUGUUAUUCACGGGUACCGGCCAACGGGAUCUCCACCGGUAUGGCUGGACAACAUCGUGGAGAUGCUGCUGGCCAGGAAAGACAUGAACGUCAUCGUAGUGGACUGGAACUACGGUGCCACCAAUCUGAAUUACUUAAAGGCCGUGGAGAACACGCACAAGACAGCUGACAACCUCACAGCUUUUAUUAAAAAAAUGCAGGAACACGGAGCCCCUCUGAGCUCCAUCCACAUGAUCGGCGUCAGUCUCGGGGCUCAUAUAUCAGGCUUUGUGGGGGCCAACCUGGACGGGUUGAUUGGAAGAAUUACAGCUCUGGAUCCUGCCGGGCCGCAGUUCACUGGCACUACUCCAGACAAGCAUUUGGACUUCACGGAUGCCAAGUUUGUGGACGUCCUGCACACAGACAUAGACGCGCUGGGCUUCAGAGCACCUCUGGGUCACAUUGACUUCUACGCUAACGGAGGAACAGACCAGCCUGGCUGCCCACUGACCAUAUUUUCUGGAGGAUCCUACUUUAAGUGCGACCACCAGAGAUCAGUGUUACUCUUCCUUGACUCUCUGAAUCAGACAUGUGCCAGCAAGGUCUUCCCCUGCGACUCCUACAAAGACUUUCUGGAUGGUAAAUGCUUGGACUGUGAGCGCUUCGGGGCUGCAGGAUGUCCUGUCUUUGGUUAUGACGUGACACAGUGGAAAGAUGUCCUGCUGAGGCUCAACCAGACCAAAACGUACUUCACCACAAAUUCAGACUCUCCAUUCUGCAUGACGGGCUACAGGCUGGAGGUGGUGACAUGGAACCAGGACGUGCGCAGGGGAUACGUUACUGUCAACCUCCACGGUAACGGUGAAGUGGCAGUGGCAACCAUUGACCAUAAAGCUACAGAGUUCAAGAGGUACACAGAGACCAAGCUGUUUGCCCAGUUUAACAAAGACAUCCAGUCUGUGAAAAAGGUGUCUCUCAAGUUCUCCUCUGGGGAAGCAUUGAAGCCUAAACAUAAGCUCCGCCUUCUCCGAAUCCGUCUCACACAUCUGGAACGAAAAGAGAGGCCUCUCUGUCGAUACGACAUCCUUCUCGAGCAGAACAAAGAGGUCACCUUCAGGCCCAUCCCCUGUGAAGAAUCCAACUUCUGAGACGAAAAACGUCAAAAGAUUUCACAGCUCGAGCUCGAAGACAUCGAGCCGACUCCUCAGUCCUGCCACAGAAGAUCGAAGCGUGGCUGUGGUGUGAUCAUAAGUGGUCUGAAAAAAAUCAAAUGUGAUAUAUUAUGUGCGUAUAUGUUUGUUUAAGAGAAUAUGUUUGUCUUAAGGAAAAAGAACAGGGGGAAUUACACACAUUUGCAAAUCAAUGGAUCUCAGAUGACUUCUGAUAAGUUAUUUCCCAGAGAGACCAAAGCUGUUUAUUUUUUUAAGAAAUGACCCAGUCUCAAGCUUGUCUCUGAAACUCCCACCAUUAAUGUCCAUUUAGGUCUCAAUUCAGUAAGACCGGGAGAGAAAACUGAUGAUUACCUGAAUCGAAACUGUAAUUUAGUGGAAUUACAAAUAUUUCAUCAAGACUGAAAAAGCAACAAGUAUUAACAGCUUUUUGAUUGAUCCCUCACGACUUCCUUCCAAUAAAGCAGUGGAUUUCAUUUCUCUAGAAGAUAUGUCCUCAAUCAAACGUUACCAUUUUUUUGUAUCAUGUAGCUAUAUUUAUUUGUGUAUAUGAAUCCUUACUGAUAAUAAAAAUUUCAAGUCAA